GCCAACUCAAAUUUUUCAUCGCCUUCUUCGCGAGAACCUUCUGACAAAAUUCUCAAGAACCCUAAUUUCUUCAGAUCUUCUCAAUCAAAUCUCUGAGAAAAUGAAGACUGUUGACGCUAAUGUCCAUUUCCAGAAGUUGGAAGCCAAGUGCUCUUCACCAACGUUCUAUCAAUCCUAUCUGGAGAUGAUUGCUGCUCAAGAACUCUCCAAAUUCCUUCAUAUGGAGAUUCACUCCAAAUAUGAAGUUGAAGUUCUGGAAUUCUACAAGAAUGGAAAGGUCAAGACUGUUAAAUCGAAGAAGGACCCACAGAGAACGGUUCAAAUCAUCAGGUCCACUGUUGGAGGAACUAAAGUGAAGCUCUCUCAGAAGAAAUUGGGAGAAAAGCUUCACCUUCCCAAUUCUGGAGUUGAAAUUGGGAGACUUCCAGCCAAGAAUCUGGAUUGGAAUAUUAUUGGAAUUUCUGGGCAAGCUCCUUCUGGCCCAGCGAAGAAAGCAGACCUGAACAACGACUACAAACUUGUUCUUGAACUGGUCAUCGCCUGCCUCGAGUGUGGAAGUGGAGGACAUGCUGAUGACAUCACCCAAGAGAGGGCCUUCAUCAUCAAUGCCCUCAUUACCAAGUCUAAGGUAAAUUGGGCUGCACAUUUCUUCAAUUCCAUCUCAAAGCAUCUAGGAAAACCCAACCAGAAAUACCUUUGUCAAGGUCUGUACAUUGGACAUAUUUUGGAGUCUAUGGGUGCUGCUUCUGAAGGAAAGAAGUAUGAGGCUAGAUAUUGGCUAUAUUACCUGUCUUCAAAAGGGGAAAACAGAGCUGGUGCUAGCACAACUGCAGAGGAUGAAGCUUCUUCAAACAAUAACCUUGCUCUGGUCAAUCUGGAAGAAGAAGAAGAAAUUACUGCACAAGGAGAACUUCAAAGGAAGAAGAAGAGGAAAAUCACCUCUCCCUCAACUUCUGGAAAUGUCAAUCCGGAUGAGUUGAAGGAGAAGGAACCGGUUGAGGAUAACCCUGCCCACAACCAGAGCCCUCAACAACAGGAAGAAGAAGUUCAUCAAGUCCAUAGUCUUCCAACCCCCUCACCUCAAUCUCAAACAGAUGAUGCUGAUAACCAAUUCUGGCAGCUCUACUAUGACUGGAGAGCUUGGAAGAUUGGAAAUUCAGCAGAGCAGUUGAUUGGAUGGGACCAACAAUUGAAGAAUGAAAAAAUCAUCAAGAAGUGCUUGGGACUACCAGUCAACCACAGUUGUGAACAAAUCUUGGAUGAUGACUGGGUAUGGCAAAGGAACUAUGAAGACUUACAUCUGGAACACUUGGCCACCUCACCAGUUUCAGAGUUUGAAGAGGAUGAGGAAGAUCCUUCAGUCUACAAGCCAGUCUUCUCAAAAGCCACAGAAGAUCAAAUGAUUCACACGUCUGACGCACAGGCUGACUUGGAAGCAAUUGCUGAGGAUUUCCAAAUAUUUCCGGAAACCUCACCUGCCUUUGAAACGGUUCUGUCUGAAGCUGUCCAAGAGAAUGCAGCCCCUACUCAACAGAACCAGGAAGCAUCAGAAGAAGAACUUCAGCAACAUCUCCAAUCUCAAGUCCUUGAGAUUCUAACAACUCCUUGUGAGAUCUCCAACCAGCCUGAACUUGAGAUCUCGGAAAAGUCAGGAGAAAUUCUGGAGCAGUCAACUCCUUCAGAAACAAAUGAAGUCCAAGAGGAGCAAGCUGUAGAAGUCCAAAGGAGUUCUGCAGAAGCUGAAGGAGAAGCUCAAAUAGCCGCAUUGGAGGCCCCUGAAACUCCAGUAGCUGUUUUUGAAGAGCAGAAUGAAGAUGAAGAAAGAGACUCCCUCUCUAGGGAAAUCUCAAACUUUGUGCUUGAUGAAGCAGAGGAAGAAUCUGAAAGGACGCUGAGAAUCAAUAAUGAAGAAGAUGUAACCAACUUCCAUUUCCAUUACUCUUCCAUUCCUAUACUUCCGGAUGAGGUACCGGAAAUCUGGACAAAGAAGGUCCAAGGGUUGAUUGAAUCAGCCCUAGCAUCGCAGCAUGCCUCCUUUAGACGAGAGAUAGAGCAAAUGGAAGCCAGGUACAACAAGCUGAUGGAGAAAUCCGAAGAGACACACUGCUCCAAUCUCAAGGAGAUAAGCAAAUCAGUGAACAAGACUCUAGAGAUCAUUUCUCUAUUGAGUAACUCUAUGAGCGACACAAUGGAGACAUAUGCAUCUGACAGUUAUCUUCAACUCAAGGAAGUUUACAAAAUCAGAGAGCAAAUAGCAAACGUCACAAUCAGUCUACAGAAGCAAAUGUCCCUUCUCCAAAUGGACAUCAGAGCAGCCCUAGCAGUGUCUUCAGCAAAUCAGGUAGUAACCAAAGACUACUUGAAGGUUAUUAUUGACAAUCAGAAGGAAGCACACAGACUGUUCAGACACCUUAGCACAAGCUCUGGCAACCGCAAGAUGGAAGUGAUUCUUCAACAACACAGUCCAUCCUUGAUUCCAGAGCUCCCUAUUGCAGUCAAGGAAGGAGAAGUUUCUUAUAUUCCUUCGCAUCUAAACAUGACUGACCUGAUCCUUGAAGCUCAGAGAAACAAUCCGGAGAACUCGGCACAGCAUCUGUCUAGCUCAGGUCUAGAUGGAACAGAAGCUGUUGGAACCAUUGUCUCACAUUUCUCAAAUGAGGAUCACACAGAGGAGAGACGCAACAACAUAAGGCGCAUCAAACAACUGUGUGGAAACAUGCAAGGCAUUGGUGAGCUUGUCGGAUCUUCAAAGCGCAAGAAGCACUGAAGGCUUUUUUCAUCAAACCAGGGGGAAAGUAUGUGAAAAUACUAUUUUGUUUUGAUGAAAACACCUUCUUGUUUAAACAUUGCUUGAUUGGUUUAAACAUUGCUUCAAUAUUUCUCUUAAUUAUGCUUAUUAUGCUUGAUCAUAUUCAUUUUAAGUAUCAUUUUGAGAUUAUCUUUAAGCGCAUACAUUCAGGGGGAAUGUAAUUCAGGGGGAACUUAACUGUUUUUUGGCUAACAAUUGCUUCAAUUGUUUUUGGCAAUGAACUAUUGAUAAAAUC